AUGAAAUCUUUGGCCACGCCCCUGCCCCGCCCCCUCCCCCGCCCCGCUAUAAAGUCUCUGAUCCCGGCUCGCUCAGCCAGUCCGCUCUGUGAGAUCCCGGUAAGUGGCCGUCAGACAGUCAUCAACGGGUUAAUAGAGACAUUAACAGCGGGAACCUACCGACUGACCCCUACAGGCUCAGUAUACAGCAGGUACCUACCUACAGGCUCAGUAUACAGCAGGUACCUACCUACAGGCUCAGUAUACAGCGGGUACCUACCUACAGGCUCAGUGUACAGCAGGUACCUACCUACAGGCUCAGUGUACAGCAGGUACCUACCUACAGGCUCAGUGUACAGCGGGUACCUACCUACAGGCUCAGUAUACAGCAGGUACCUACCUACAGACUCAGUAUACAGCGGGUACCUCCCUACAGGCUCAGUAUACAGCAGGUACCUACCUACAGACUCAGUAUACAGCAGGUACCUACCUACAGUCUCAGUAUACAGCAGGUACCUACCUACAGACUCAGUAUACAGCAGGUACCUACCUACAGUCUCAGUAUACAGCAGGUACCUACCUACAGGCUCAGUAUACAGCAGGUACCUACCUACAGGCUCAGUAUACAGCAGGUACCUACCUACAGGCUCAGUAUACAGCAGGUACCUACCUACAGGCUCAGUAUACAGCAGGUACCUACCUACAGGCUCAAUAUACAGCAGGUACCUACCUACAGGCUCAGUAUACAGCAGGUACCUACCUACAGGCUCAGUAUACAGCAGGUACCUACCUACAGGCUCAGUAUACAGCAGGUACCUACCUACAGGCUCAGUAUACAGCAGGUACCUACCUACAGGCUCAGUAUACAGCAGGUACCUACCUACAGGCUCAGUAUAAGGCAGACACCGCUUUCAGUGGAUGA